CAGAGAAACACACACCGGCUUUGUCUGAUCACAAAUUCAAGUCUCACGCUUGAGCUGCAAUGGCAUCUUCGGCAGACUCAUGGACGAAGGAAUUAAACGAGGCACAGAAGCUUGCUGAUGAUAUAAAUGGGAUGAUUUCCGAAAGGGGUUCUUUACCCCCAUCAGGACCAGAUACACAACGCCACUUCUCUGCUGUUAGGAGAAAGAUUACAAUACUAGGGACCAGACUUGAUAGUUUGCAGUCCCUUUUAUCUAAGCUACCUACAAAGCAACCUAUAACAGAGAAGGAGAUGCAUAGGCGCCAGGAUAUGCUAGCAAAUUUGAGAUCCAAAGCCAACCAUAUGGCCUCUGCCCUGAAUAUGUCCAAUUUUGCUAGUAGGGACAGCUUGCUAGGACCAAAUAUAAAGCCAGAUGCCAUGAGCAGAACAUCUGGCUUGGACAACCAUGGUCUUGUUGGCCUUCAGCGGCAAGUAAUGAAAGAACAAGAUGAAGGUCUGGAGAAAUUGGAGGAGACAGUAAUAAGUACGAAACAUAUUGCAUUGGCUGUCAAUGAGGAACUUGGCUUACACACUGGACUUCUUGAUUCCUUGGACCAACAUGUGGACUCAACAGACUCCAGACUACAGCGUGUACAAAAUAGAUUGGCGAUUCUGAACAAACGUACUAGAGGUGGUUGCUCUUGCAUGUGUAUGCUUUUGUCUGUCAUUGGUAUUGUUCUUCUGGCUGCUGUUAUUUGGGCACUGAUCAAAUACUUGUAAUACCAAUAAUGGUAAGCGCAACAAUCAUCUAUUCCAACCACUUUCUUUGUUUAUGUGCUUGUGUGGGUCAUUCUAGCCAUUUUCAAUGUUUAAGUCAGCCCUUGGAGUUCUUAUGUUAUUUGUUAACACAAUUGUAUGUCAGGGUGUACUCAGAGCAACUCUUAUCUGUAAAUUGCAAACAACCAGGUUUAGAGAAAGCAUUGUGUGCUUUUCCU